AUGGUGUCCAAGAACAACGUCCUUCCCAACGUCCACCUCCGCAAAUGGUGGCAGAGAUACGUGAAGACCUGGUUCAACCAACCAGGCCGCAAGCAGAGCCGCAGACUCCGCCGCCAGGAGAAGGCAGCGAAGCUCGGCGUCGUGCCUGCGGGUCUCCUCCGACCCGUCGUCCACCCUCCUACACAGAGAUACAACAUGAAGGUUCGCGCAGGCAAGGGCUUCACUCUUGAAGAGCUGAAGGCUGUCGGCUUGAGCGCCCGCGUCGCGAACUCGAUCGGCGUCGCAGUCGACCACCGCCGCCGCAACCGCUCGGCGGAGAGCCUGAACGCCAACGUGACGCGCCUGAAGGCGUACCUCGCGAAGCUCGUUCUCUUCCAGCGCGGCUCCAAGGCCAAGAAGGGUCUCGCGGGCAUCCCUGCUGACACGCCCAAGAGCCAAAUCCAGAACGUCAAGCACGUCAAAAUCAGCACUGCCAUGCCCAUCCCCCGACCCAACAAGCGCUGCAAGCCCAGAGCCAUCACCGCAGAGGAGAAGAACUUCAUGGCGUACGCCACCUUGCGCAAGGCUCUGCGUGACGGCAAGAACGUCGGCAAGCACGCCAAGAAGUUGGCCAGUGAGAAGGAGGCCGCGAAGAAAUAG